AUGGGGAACGCCCCUUCGAAAGCCCCCGGUGCGACGGCCGGCGUGGACAAGAAAGUGAACCGCAGGACCUCGAUACAGGCGCUGUCCAGCUCAAAGGCGCCGGCAGCAGACCCAUCGCACUCGAGGGAGAGCGCUACCGGUCACCAUGCUGCCUUGAAACAGCAGACGCCUGUCCACCAGCGGCUGCAGUCACGGACGGUCGAGACACCCAGCUUUGGCGGGGAGAGACUGGAACGUCAUAACUCGCGAAAACAUCGCGAAGGCGACCAGUAUGAUCUUCCAGUUCAUUCUCACUUCCGGGGUUCACAGGCUGCUCAUGCGCAGCCGGCCAUUCCGGCUUCUGAUAACGUUUCCGCUCCUUCAAACCGUGAUCAGGGCGAGGCCCUCUCGACGCCUAGGCCGGUCAACAUAUACUAUGCCAACCCUUCCAACCUCACCCGGCCUCCACGACUACCCCUACCCAUCGGCGAUGCCAUGACAGCACCCGGUUCCCCGAUCACAAGCGGCUCGCUAGGUGCCGCAAUGGCAUUCGACAAAGCAAAUCCUGAGGUGUCGAUCGAGAAAUCGGAACUGGAUCCUGCGGUUGAUGAAGACGACGUUGUCCAGGAUGAACUGGACUCCAUUGUCCCAACGGGGUUUAACAAGUCUGUUCCCACGACUAUCGACUGGAGAGGCGGCGGCGAGAAGGUUUAUGUGACUGGUACAUUCGUGAACUGGGCAAGGAAGUUCAAAUUACACAAAAGUGAUAUCGAAAAUGGGGUGUUCACGACGGUGCUCCAGCUACGGCCGGGCACACACCAUCUAAAGUUUAUAGUAGAUGGCACUAUGCGGACAUCAGAUCAAUUGCCUACUGCAGUCGAUUUCACAAAUCACUUAGUCAACUACAUCGAAAUAAGCGCAGAUGAAAUUGAGCGGCCGCGGAGAGAGAGUGAUAAGCCACCAAAAGUUAUAAUACCACCCGAGAUUUUCCCCCCAAAAGUCCUCCCGGAGUCCCUACCCAUCGACACCACGGAGCCUCAGGAAGAAUCAGACAAAGAAGAACCGGAGGAAGAAAUCCCAAUGGGUGACUUUCGUAAUAUCAUUCCUCAGUUCCUGGUUGACAUUGACCGCAAUGAAGACGGUGAGGGGUACCACCAAGCUGCCAACGUUAUCCGGGAUUCACGAGCUCCGCCUAUGCUACCCCUGUUCCUGGCUCGGUCGAUAUUAAAUAGCACAACUCCUAUGAAGGAUGACAACAUAUGUCACCACCAUCUUGUACAAACCGACUGGGCCAACAACAUGAUCAUGUUCUUGGUUGGUUUUCGGGGUUCCAUGCUCCUUAUACCCCAUUUGGGUUGA